UACUCCCAACUCCAACCAAGACUUGAGAAAAGGCGGACGCACACUUCCCAACCAAACGACAGGCAAUUCGUAACGCACCGAAUGGCUUCCAACUACUUCACUUUAUUAUAGUAACUCAGUUAUUGACUUACUCUCAGGACUCUCGACUCUCACCUUGCCAGUGCCAUUCUUAUAAAGACGUUACAAAGUCUCCCAGUAAUCUAAACUUGUCAUUGAUACGUUCAUUCAAAGAAGCAAGUCAAAACUCAUUACCGAAGAUGGGGAAGAAGCGGGUUAUGGUGCCGGCCGAGAAACUGGACUUGUCAACCGUGAAAUACGAGCAUGAAGAAAUCCAAGCUCCUCAUUUGACGGGGUUGAUGCUGAAGUUUUUUGUGAGGGUAAUUGAAGCUCCAGUUAUAGGUUCUUUCAUCAUUUCUUUCAUGAAAAAGCAGAACAAGAUGGUUGAGCUGUUGCAGAACACUGUGAUACCGGAAGCACCCAUGUUUAAACCUGAAUUUCCUCCUCAAGAAAUAGAACCUUCUGUUGUCAUUGUGGACGAAGAAGGAAAACCUGAAGAUCGGGUUGAAACGGCCUUAAAGUGUCUUCCACAUUAUGAUCCUGCUAGUUACUGGAGUGGGGAUUCUCUUCCAUCUUUCCGGUACUGGAAGAUUCGUGAUUAUGCCUAUGCUUAUAGAUCUAAAGUUGUGACACCUUCUAUGGUUGCAGAACAACUCAUCUCAGUUAUCAAGGGGUGUAACUAUCAUAAGCCCCCAACACCAUUAUUGGUUUCUUUUGAUGCUGAGGAAGUAAGGAAGCAAGCUGCAGCUUCAACACAAAGGUUUGAGGAAGGAAAUCCAUUGUCAAUCUUGGAUGGAAUUUUCAUGGCAAUCAAGGAUGAUAUAGACUUCUAUCCUCAUCCAUCUAAGGGUGCAACAACAUGGAUGCAUGAGGUUCGUUCUGUUAAGAAGGAUGCAGUUUGUGUCUCAAGAUUGCGGAGAUGUGGUGUGAUUCUUAUUGGGAAGGCAAACAUGCAUGAGUUGGGCAUGGGCACAACUGGAAACAAUCCAAAUUAUGGAACAACCAGAAACCCUCACGCACCUGAAAGAUAUACAGGUGGAUCCUCUUCCGGUCCAGCAGCACUUGUAGCUUCUGGACUAUGUUCUGCUGCCCUGGGAACAGAUGGUGGAGGUUCUGUCCGCAUUCCUUCAUCCCUCUGUGGUGUAGUGGGCUUGAAAACAACUUAUGGGCGGACUGACAUGGGAGGAUCGCUGUGUGAUUCUGGAACUGUGGAAAUCAUUGGACCAAUAGCAUCAACAGUGGAAGAUGUCAUACUAGUGUAUGCAGCAAUUUUGGGUUCCUCUCCUUCAGACAGAAUCAGUUUGAAACCGUCUCCCCCUUGUUUUCCAGUUUUGUCAUCACUUGACAAUGCAAACACUUUGGGAUCAUUGCGAUUGGGGAAGUAUACAGAGUGGUUUAAUGAUGUACAUUCAACUGAUAUCACGGAUGUCUGUGAAGAUGUUCUCAACCUUCUGUCGAAAACCCAUGGAUGUAAAACAAUAGAGAUAGUAAUACCAGAACUACAUGAGAUGCGCACUGCUCAUGUUGUUUCAAUUGGAUCGGAAACACUAAGCUCGCUAAAUCCUGAUUGUGAGGAUGGAAAAGGUGUGAAAUUAACGUAUGAUACUCGCACUAGUAUGGCACUUUUUCGAUCAUUCACUGCAUCAGAUUAUGUUGCUGCCCAGUGUCUUAGACGAAGGAUAAUGCACCAUCACAUGGAGAUCUUCAAGAAGGUUGAUGUUAUAGUGACCCCAACUACGGGCAUGACAGCACCACAAAUUCCACCUUCUGCUCUGAAGCAUGGAGAGACAGAUAUGCAGGUUACAGGUUAUCUCAUGCGGUUUGUUAUUGCUGCUAAUCUUCUUGGUCUGCCUGCCAUUACUGUCCCUGUUGGUUAUGACAAACAAGGACUUCCAAUAGGCUUGCAACUAAUAGGGCGUCCAUGGGGUGAAGCUUCAAUUUUGCGUUUGGCUUCUGCACUAGAGGAACUUUGUGGUAAAUCCAGGAAGAAGCCCGCUUCCUUCUAUGACGUUUUAAAGACGGAAUAAAAGCUUUUUACAGCUCGAGAUGCAUGGGCUAUGUUUUAUUGCAGAUCCGUGUCAGCUCUUUCGACUAUCUUGUAUGAUGUCUUGAAACAACGUUACUUAUUGCAUGUUUGGACAAGCUGUCUGUUGCCAUA